GAGCGGAAGCGGAAGUUGCUGAUCUGGAAGACGACGCGAUAUGGAGGAUCCGGCGGAGGGUGAUGGUGCUGUGGUCGGGACAGUCUGUCCACCGGCGGAGCAGCAGACAGAGCCUCCCGGCGGGGACGACCCCGGGCUUUCAACCGGCCUGGUCAGCGACUCCGGCACUAAUGGCAAGGCGGUUGUUUGUGAGCGGUGCGGCUCCCGUGUGCUGAGCCCGGGGACGGCGCGGUAUCGCCGCAGAGAGUUGUUCCUGCCAUCCAUGAGGCAGAAAGUGGCACUGGGCACUAAGGACAGCAUGGUCACAGGAGACCUGCUUCUCGAGCACUGGUUCGUGGAUGACAUGUUUGCCUUUGAGAAUGUUGGCUUCACCAAGGACACGAAUAACAUCAAGUACCUCGUGUGUGCCGACUGUGAGAUUGGCCCUAUUGGUUGGCACUGUGUGGAUGACAAGAAGAGCUUCUAUGUUGCUCUAGAUCGAGUGCAGCAUGAGUAGAGGGCAGUGAGGGAGCACAGAAUGAUCGGGGGAUCCUCUGUGUUAAACCUGGACACUGGACGGGGACUUCAAUCAUCUGUCCAGCAGCAGAUGCAUUGAAUGUUAUUCAAGAUCACAAUUGUAAAGCAGAACAAAAUAAUUGUUACUCCAGAUCCCAUGCAGCACAAAAAACACAAUGAGAUAAAAAACAGUGCUAAAAACGAUAAAUAUAAAUAGAUAAGAUAGCUUGUUUACAUUGAUUGUAUGUUCAUAAAGUUACACUAGGCACAGGAGUAUUUGUGUUUAAGGUGGCUGACAGGAAAUAAAGUAGUUAUGAUUGGAGGGGUAGGGUGGAUCAGUGGGGGCAGAUGUUGAUCAGCCUAACUGCUUGGGGAAAAGUAACUUAUUUAUGAGUCUGGUGGUCCUGUCAUGGAUGCUAGGUAGCCUCCUCCUUGAUGGCAGAAGGACAAGCAGCAUUCCAUGAGCAGGGUGUGUGGGAGCCUUCAUGAUGUUACUGGUCCCUUUUUAACACCUUUCUGUCGAUAUGUCAAUGGUUCUAGGAGCUGCUCUUCAAUUGGCGUUCUGCAGUGGAGGUGAUGGCUUGGCUAGUGUUUGUAGGUUAUUUGAAAAAAAAUCAUGUGACCCCUUGUUCUUUUGUUUUUGAUCAUCAUCUGUCAUGGAGAGAGUCAGCACUAGUUGGAAUGGCACAGUCAGAUAGUGGAUAGCACAAUUGCUUUACAGCACCAGCAACCUGGGUUCACCCGUCACUGUCUGUAGGGAGUUUGUAUAUUCUCUCCAUGAUUGACUGGCUUUCCUCCCGCAUUCCAGAGGCCUAUAGAUUAGUAAGUUGUAGGUGUGCUCUACUGGCAGGCUGCCCCCAGCUCAAUGCUCACUGAUUUGAUUUGACGUAAACAAUGCAUUUCACUGUAUGUUUCAAUGUACAUGUGACAGAUAAAGCUAAUCCUUUAAAUCUUUAAUGCGUGGUCUUGUCCUAGACAGGACAUUAGCAUAUCACUUUAUAGAACCGGAUUAAAUUCAGAUUUGAUUCUCACCUCUAUCUGUAAGGGGUUUGUAUGUUCUCCCUUUGAAUGUCAGGGGUAAGUUCUUCACAUACAGAGUGGUGGGUGCAUGGAACACCCUGCCAGGGAUGGUACAGGGAGCUAUGUCAGAAAAAUGGUAGAAAUAGGUAGAAAAAUGGAAGAUGAUGUGGGAGGGAAAGGUAAGUUUGAUCUUGGAGUAGGUUACAAGGUCAGCACAACAUCAUGGGCCAAAGGCCUGUACUGUUCUAUGUUCCUGUGGUAGGGUUAGUGACUUGUGGGCAUGCUAUGUUGGCACCAGAAAUGUGGCAAUGGGUGCUGGGUGCCUGGCACAAUCGUUUUUGAUCUGAUAUAAAAUGACCCAUUCCACUGUUUCAAUGUAUGCUUGACAAAUAAAUUUUAAACUUUAAAACUAAUGCCGUGGAUGUACCAGGAGGGGUGUGAUGCUGUGGCAUAUGUAUCCCUUGUGGGUAGUAGGAUAAUGUAAUUGCUGGAAACAUGCAUAAUUGACAACCACUGACAUUGAGUUGGGUUCACUGAAAGAGGCUGAUCUGAUGUGAUGACAUAAUUAUGUGAAUUUCUGUUACCCCGCUUUGUGUUCAGUUUAUGGAUACAAUAAAUGAGUUGUUUUCCUUGAACAUAAAA